AUGCCAGUGUCGAUAGAAGAGCUCAAGGCUUUGCAGGUUCAAAAGAAAGAGGCUUCUAAGCCAAAGUUCAUCUCCAAGGCUAAGCGGGCCGAGAUGGCUGCGAAGGCCAAACAGAUCCAGAAAAACACGACAUCUGAAGAGACUACGUUGAAGGAUAUUCGAUCUACCACCGACCUGAAAAGGUCAGUUGUUCAGGAGACUGUGGAGACCACCAAGCCUCUCCCUUCGAAACCCAAGCCAAAAUCAACCUCUGGAAAGUUUUCAUUCGACUGGAGUGCUGCAGAUGACACCUCCAAGGCAUAUCAGCCCAGCUACAGUAUCGAUUCCGGAGAUGGGCAGGUGCCCAAACGCCAAAAGCGUGACCUGGAGGACGCACACUGGUCUGAUAAACCUGUGGAAAGCAUGACGUCGCGUGACUGGCGUAUCUUCAAGGAAGAUUACAGCAUUGUCACCAAGGGCGGAGGAAAUAUUCCCAAUCCUCUUAGGUCGUGGAAUGAGUGCAAGGAAAUACCAGGAAUUGUACGUGAUACAAUCUCUCGAAUGGGAUACAAGGAGCCCACGCCUAUCCAGAGAGCUGCUAUUCCUAUUGCUCUAGGCAUUCGGGAUGUGAUUGGCGUUGCUGAGACAGGUAGUGGUAAAACUGCCUCUUUUCUGAUCCCUCUGAUCAGCUACAUUUGUGAAUUACCCAAGCUAGAUGAGAGAUCGAAGGUUAAUGGUCCCUACGGUCUUAUUUUGGCCCCCACUCGAGAACUGGCUAUGCAGAUCAAAGACGAAGCAGUCAAGUUCUGCGCACCACUCGGCUUCAAGGUGGUUUCUGUCGUUGGUGGAUACUCUGCUCAAGAGCAGGCUCUGGCUGUACAAGAAGGAGCAGAACUAAUUGUUGCUACCCCUGGCCGUUUGCUUGAUGUCAUUGACAGGCGACUGUUGGUUCUAAACCAGUGUUGCUAUGUGGUCAUGGAUGAGGCCGACCGUAUGGUGGACAUGGGCUUCGAGGAGCAAGUCCAGAAGGUUCUGGCGUCUCUACCCUCGUCAAAUGCUAAGCCCGACUCUGAUGAGGCCGAAAACCUUGCGGCUGUAUCCACCAGGCGAUACAGACAGACCAUGAUGUACACUGCCACCAUGCCCGUGGCUAUUGAGAAGCUGGCUAAGAAGUAUCUUCGACGUCCCGGUAUUGUCACUAUUGGUUCUGCUGGCCAGGCGGGUUCUACAGUCACACAGCUGGUUGAAUUUCUUAACACUGACGAGAAACGAAAGCGUCGUCUUCUUGAUAUCAUUAGUAAGCGACAAUACCGACCCCCAAUUGUCGUUUUCCUCAACUACAAGAGAGACUGUGAGGCCGUUUCAGAUGCUUUGGUUGCAGCAGGAUGGAGAACAGCUAUUAUUCACGGUGGAAAACAACAGGAGCAGAGAGAACAGGCUGUUCAGCAUCUUAAGCGAGGUGCUGUGGAUGUGCUUGUUGCCACUGAUGUUGCUGGUCGAGGUCUUGAUAUUCCUAAUGUUUCGCUGGUCGUCAACUUCCAGAUGGCGAACAACAUUGAGUCCUACACACACAGAAUCGGACGUACUGGACGAGCCGGUAAGCGAGGUACUGCCGUUACCUUCCUUGGUCAGGAGGAUGAUGACGUCCUAUUUGAGCUGAAGCAGAUGAUCAGUCGAUCUGAGGCAAGUCCUAACAACCAGGAGUUGAGCAGACAUCCUGCUGCUCGAAUGAAGAAGCUGCAACAGUAG